UUUCGAUCAAACCCAAACAAACCCUAUCUUCCUUCUUCUUCCUCCUUCUUCCCCAACCUUGAACCAUCCAUUCUCCAUAAUCUCCGGAAUCGAAAUUCGCCUCUUCGUGUCCACCACCGAUUCUCGUCAUGGCAGCAGCGGCGCUUCUUUUGGUGCCAUGCUCCGGAAUCGGAGAUGAUGUGUACUCAGGCUUGACAGCAGCAGCAGCCGAUCUCGUAGGGUUUUGGAGGGAAUCGGUGGAGCUUUCGAAAGAGAUGACGCAAGAAUAGGGGGAAGAAGCUUUGGAGCAUUGGUUGGUAAUGGUAAGUUGGUGUUUGGGAAGUUUGGCAGGCCUGGUCUGGUCGUGAACCGAGAUUUGGUAGCUUUGAGGGAUGGCCAGAGGAAUGGUGUCGUGGUCGAAAUCGAAGCCGUCUAACGAGUAGCAGUCGAAACCUGGGUAGUAAUUGAAAGAUGGGUCUUCCAUUCCCUACUUUGCGACACAAAUACAGAAAAAUCUUUGAUUACAACACAGGAGUGGGAAACGAAGCAGUAGGAGUAAAUGAUUGAAUGAACAAAAUCAGCCUACUUACCAAGUCAGGCAACCAUUGAGUCUGUUGGAUUUCCAUAAUUUCCAGGCUUCUGGUGGUGGACACGAAGAGGCGAAUUUCGAUUCCGGAGAUUAUGGAGAAUCGAUGGUUCAAGGUUGGGGAAGAAGGAGGAAGAAGAAGGAAGAUAGGGUUUGUUUGGAUUUGAUCGAAAAGGAAAGAAGUGACUUGAACAGUUGACUAACGGUCAAAGGUGUUGACCGUCCAAACAAACGGUCAAACCACGCUCCAGGCCAAUUUUGGCUAUAUGCUGCAUAGUUCGGGCCAUGAUAUUAAUUUCUCAAAUCAUUGGCCAAAAUUGAUUACAUGGUCAUAGUUCAGCCCAUAACAAGACGCCACGCCACACGCCAGUUUCGUUUCCCUAGCAUCUCUGAUUUCCCCCAAUUUUUGAAGUAGCGCAGUAGCGAAUUGAUCAAAGCAAAUUCAGGCGAUGGCGGCGAGCGAUAACGAGCCAGCCAAGCUUCUGCUGCCAUACCUGCAACGAGCCGAUGAGCUGCAAAAGCACGAACCCCUCGUCGCUUACUACUGCCGAUUAUAUGCGAUGGAGAGGGGACUGAGGAUUCCUCAGAAGGAUCGCACUAAGACCACCAAUUCUCUGCUUGUUUCCCUCAUGAGCCAGCUCGAGAAGGAUAAGAAGACGGUGAAGUUAGGACCUGAGGAUAACUAUUAUUUGGAGGGGUUCGCCCAGAAUGUCUUUUCAAAGGCUGAUAAACAAGAUCGUGCCGGACGAGCUGACUUGAACACAGCGAAGACAUUUUAUGCAGCAAGCAUUUUCUUUGAGAUUAUUAAUCAGUUUGGGCCUCUCCAGGCUGAACUUGAACAGAAGCAGAAGUAUGCAGUUUGGAAGGCUGCAGACAUAAGGAAGGCAUUGAAAGAGGGAAGGACACCCAAUCCAGGCCCUCCUGUUGACGAUGAAGAUAUGGCGGAUCCAUCUAGUGGGUUUACCAAUGGGAAUGAUGUCGGACAAGUGGAAACUUCAACUACCACAAUGCAAUCAUCAGAGUCCGAUCCAUCGUCCCAAUUCCAUGAUCAAGGUGGCAGCGGCCAUUCGGCAGACUUUCCACAAUCGUCUCAGUUCCACGAUCAUCCUAACCACCACCAACAUCCUUCUCAGUUCAUGCCACAAUCACCACCUCAGUCAUAUGAUUCAAUGGACAGGGAGCAGCAUUCAGCGCGGGCUCAAUCUCAUCCUCCCCAGUCAUACGACUCGUUCAACAGCCAGCAUUCCGGCGGAAACAUCAUGCCUUCUCCUCCACCUUAUACUGCUGCUGCUGGUGGCUACUCCCAAGAUUUUAAUCCAUCGGAGAACCCCACCUAUUCUCAGCCUCACCACCAUGUGCCACAGAACUACCCAUCAUCUCAUGAUAAUCCCUCAUCCUACUCUUACCCAAACUUCCAGUCGUAUCCAAGCUUCGCAGACACCAGCAUCCCAUCCGUGCUCCCGUCUGUGCCAUCCCACUACCCUUCUUACUACCAACAACAAGGAUCAUCCGAUUCCUCCGCGUACAGCUCUCAGUCGGCUCCACCACCUGCUACAAGUUAUCAUCCUCCACCAGCCCUGCAGCAGCAGCAGCAGCAGCAGCAUGGCAGUUCAAGCAGCAGGAUGAGCUCCGCCGUGGAUGCAUCCAUCCCAACUUCCGCCGCAGCAGCAGCAGCAGCAACAGCAACGUACCAGUACGACAGCAGCUACCAGCCUCCACCUGAGAAAAUCGUCGAGGCACAUAAAGCGGCGCGAUUUGCAGUUGGAGCCCUGGCAUUUGACGAGGUGUCGAUCGCCGUCGAGCACCUGAAAAAGGCCCUUGAGCUGUUGACUAACCCAUCUGCUGAUCCGUAGAGCUGGGCUUCUUGCCUGAUCGGAUUUCCUUGUUUUUUUACAUGAGUUUGUGGUUGUGUAAAUUUAUUGAAUUGUCACAGACGAACCUUUUGACAGAGGUGUUACUGCUAACCUUUUGUUUGGUUGAGAUCUUAUUUCUUGUUAUUCGCCUCUUUUUAAACAGUUCAUAAGAUGUCCACCGCCGAAUCUUGCA